AUGCUCCGCGAGAGCAAGAGCUCCAUCCGCCCGGCCUCGCGGCGCGCCUCCCCAGCGGUGGAGGUCAGCGCGGCCGCGGCAGGGGGCGCGCGGGAAGAGGAAUUUGCGCUUCUGCACGACGAGGGCGGCGGAACGGAGUCGUUCGGGAUGUGGAUCAAACUGACGGACAAACUGACGGAGCUGCUGACGUCCGGCGACGACGGCGUUGAGGCGAUGAUGAAGUUCGGCCGCAACGGCAGUGGCCACGUGCCCGCCGCUUCCAUCCCUCUCUCGCCCUUCCCCCCCUUCCCCCGCGGGCAGGCCAUCAGGGUGGGCGGCGUGGAGUUCAAGUUCACGUCGCACAGCGAGCCCGACCCCGCGCUCUGCGACGUCUACCGCCUCCUGCCGCCCGGCGACGCGGCGGGCGGCGGUGCGGAGGGCGGGGAGCGGCGGGCGCUGGAGCACGUGGCACAGGUGGCGCGGAAGCUGAGCGUGCAGCGGCCGCUGGACGAGCGCGAGAAGGAGAAGUGGCGCGACCUCACCAAGAGCACUCCUAAAGUCGCCAGUAACAAGUGCGCACAGGGGGAGAGGGGGGGAGGGGGAAGGGCGGGGAGUGGAAGGGAGGGGAAUGGGAGAAGAAAUGAAGGCGUGUGGUGGCAUGUGCAAUGGCGUGAUGCCGGGCGUGUGGCGCGUGCGUGGUGUGUGCAUGGCGUGGGGCACGGCAGGCUGAAGCUGGUGGAUCUCAAGGGCAACAAGGCAGCCGCCCCCACCGUUGACGUGCACAGGGGUGCCGGGAGGGGCGCUGCGAGCUUGGGCGUGCAGAAGAAGCCAGGGCUCUUCAAGCGAUCUUCAGCCCCGCCCAUCCCCCCUCUGCCCAAGCAGCAGCAGCAGCAGCGCCUGUCGCCCUUCAAUCGUGCCACCCCCCCCGCCAUCUCCCCGGACCUGUCGGUGGGGAGGGCGCUGGAGCCGCGGUCCGCCCACGGCACGCCCCCGCGCGCGGCCGCUCAUGCACCCGACGCACACAACCGUGCCGCAGCCGCCCUGCUGGGGGGCACGCCUGACACCCCUCAGGCGCCCCAGGUGGCUGUGGUGCCGGCCGGCGAGCUGCGCGCGUUCCUGGUGGACAUCCUGGGGCGCAACCCCAAGGGCGUCAGCAAAACUGCGAUGGAGAGGGCAACGGGGCAUGAUUGGGCGCAGCUCGACAAAGUCGUCAGGCAGAUAGCGAGGCUGCAUGCGCCGGGGUACUACCGCCUGCUGCCACACAUCAAGGAGGUCGCCCAGGCCGCACACCCUGCAGCAGCAACAGCAGCAGCCGCAGGGCGCUCGCCCAUACAGCGUCGCUCCACGUCCCCUCUGCCCUCACACUCUCCUCUAUCCUCACACUCUCCUCUGCCCGGGCAUUCCCCCCUGCCAUCGCAUUCCACUCUGAGGACACCUCCUCUCUCCCCUCUAGCUGCUGCCUCCCCCCGCCCAUCCACGUCCCCCCUCCCAUCGGCAUCCCCCCGCCCCGCGUCCACGCCUCCAAGGCACUCCCCAGGCGUGGAGGCGGCAGAGGGUGGGGGUGGCAGGGAGGGGGCGCGGGCGGGCAGGGUGCCGCUGCUGAACCUCAACGAGACGGGCUUCGACGACGACGAGGGCGGGGACGCACAUGGCCAUGGGCAUGGGGAUGGGGAGAAGGAGCAGGAGCAGGAAGAGGAGGAGGAGGAAGAGGAGGAGGAGGAGGAAGAAGAGGAUGAGGAGUUGGUGGUGGAAGAGGAAGAGGUGGGGAACGAGGGGAAGGGGGAGGAGGAGGGCAGAGUGGUGGAGGGGGGGGUGAGCACAGCAGGGGAAGAGGCAAGAGAGAGGGGCUUAGGGGAGGGCACUGGGGAUGACGGGUGGGAUCACUCAAAGGGCGAAGGGGCAGGCGGGGAGGAGGGUGAGGAGAAGAAGGGGGAAGCGGGUGAGGAGGGAGGGAGGGAGGAGGAGGGGGGAGAGGAGGUGCGGCUGGAAGACUUGUUUGGGGAUGAGUCGCCCUCCCAUGGGGAAGGGGAAGAGGGGGAGGGAGGAGGGGCCAUUGGGGAGACUGGAGGUUUGGAGGGCGAGGGACAGGUGAAAGGUGAGAGUAGCGAGGGUGGGAGUGGGAGUGAGAGCGAGAGUGAGAGUGGGAGUGGGAGUGGCAGUGGUAGUGAGAGUGGGAGCGGGAGUGAGAGCGAGGGGGAGGGAGAUGCGGGCAGCAGCAGCAGCGGCAGCAGCGGCAGUGCGAGUGAGAUCGACAUCGACAUCGACGAUGGGGACGGGGCGGACAGCGCCAGGGGCGGAGGCGAGGCAGAGAAGAGGGCGGAGGGCAAGGGGGCGAGGGCGCGGCACGAGGGGCGCGCUCACGGGCACGGGCAUGGGCGGGCGGAGAGAGAGGCGAGGGCAGCUCAAGAGGGGCGGGCAGACGCGAGCACUGGAGGAGAGGAGGCGGGUAGGCAGGGGGGGAGGGGGGGUGUGGGGGAAGAGGGGACCUGGGCGGAAGGGGGGGAGGGGGGACUUGGUGAAAAAGGGGAAGAUGGAGGGAAAGAGGUUGAUGGAAAGAAGGGAGUGGAAGGAGGGAAGGAGUUGCAGGAGGGGCAGGGGGAGGAGGAGGGGGAGAUGGUAGGAGAUGACGUGAGGAUAGAGAAUGAGGGGGAUGAGAAAGGCGGCGAGGGCGAGGACAAAGAAGGUGGGAUGGGCGAAGGGAGAGCGGACAAGACUGAUUCUGAAACGCAAGGAGAGGCAGGGGAGGAGGGGGAGGAGGGGGAGUUGAAGGAAGGGAAGGGGGAGGACGGGACAAUUGGGGUGCAAAGGGAGGAAGGGAUUGAAGCGGAGGAAGGAGAUGAAGGGGAGGCAGAGGAGGCAUGGGCUGGAAAGGAAGCGAAGGCUAAGGCGACAGAGAGUGAGGAGCAAGACGAUGGGGCACUGAGGGAAGCAGAGGAGAAGGAGAGAGUGAGAAAGGCAGAGGAGGAGAGAGUGAGAAAAGCAGAAGAGGAGGAGAGAGUGAGAAAGGCAGAAGAGGAGAGAGUGAGAAAGGCAGAAGAGGAGGAGAGAGCAAGAAAGGCAGAAGAGGAGAGAGUGAGAAAGGCAGAAGAGGAGAGAGUGAGGAAGGCAGAAGAGGAGGAGAGAGCGAGAAAGGCAGAAGAGGAGAGAGUGUUAAAGGCAGAAGAGGAGGAGAGAAUGAGAAAAGAGAAGCUUGAGGAGGAGAGGAAGAGAGUGAGAGAGGAUAAUGUUCGGCGGAUGAGGGAGAGGGAGGAGGCGGAUCGCGCGGCCAGGGAGGAGAGAAUGAGAGAGGAAGAGGUGCGGAGGGCGAAGGAGAAUACAGAGCGGAGGGCAGAACAAGAAAGGGAGGCGAAAGAAGGGGAGAAGGAAAAGCGAGAGAAAGAGAAAGCUCUGAUGGCGAGGGAGGAGAGGGAGAGGGAGAGGAAAGAGAAAGAGAAAGAGAAAGAUGAUAAGGAAAUGGCAGAGAGGCUUGGAAGGGAGAGAAGGGAAACAGAAGAGAGGGAAAGAAGGGAGGAGGAGAAAAGAGCGAAACAGGAAAAGGACAGGGAAGAGAGGGAAACGGAGAGGCGACAGGGUGGGGAGGAUGAGGACAUGAGGGAGAAGGAGAAGGUGGGCGGUGCGAGGGAGGAGGUGGCAAGGCAGGGUGGGGAUGGAGAUGGGUUGGAGGAGGUGGGUGCAGGGCGAGGGGGCGACGAGGGGCCCCGUGGGCUGCUAAAGGGAUCUGGGCCGCUGGGGCGAGAGGGUGAAGGCGGCAGGGGUGAAGGCGGCAGGGGUGACGGCGGCAGGGGUGAAGGCGGCAGGGGUGAAGGGGUAGUAGUGGGGGCCGAAGUGAUGGAGGAGAGGGAGGUGGGGAAGGUGGAGAAGAGGAAGAAGGAGAAGAAAAGUAAAGCAGGCAGGGUGGGGGAGAAGAGGGAGAAGAGAAGGAGGCAGGAGGGCGGGCAGGAUGGGGCAGGGGAAGGCGGGCUGGCAGACAUGGGUGGUGGGAUGAAGCGCGGAGUGGGUGGCAGUGCUGACAAGCCCCAUGCUCACCCCGACUCCCCGCCUGCCUCAGAUGCCGCCGCGGCUGCUGUGGGGGGAUGGGCAGAGGGAGAGGAGAGUGGGAGGCAGGCGAGGCAGAAGCGGAGGCGGCAUGAGGAGGAAGCGGAGGAGGGGGGAGUGGCAGAGGGAGAGGAUGGCAGCGAUGAGGGGUGGGAGGGGCAUGACACGUCCUUGUAUGAGGCGUAUGAGAAGGACAAGCCCGAGCUGAAGGGGCCAAUCACAUCUCGCGACCAGUAA